AGUAAAGAAGAAAUUUUAUUCAUCUUAAAUCUAAUUUUUGUAUUUUUUUUGUUUUAAAGUAAAUACUUGUUUUUUCAAUUUUAUAAUAAUAUUAUUUAAUAAAAAGACCACCAUAAAUAUAUAAAAUAGAAUUUAAAUAGGAUAUUUAAUAUAAUUUGAAACAAUAAAGUAUCAAGCUAAAACAAAAAAUGUCUGACAGUACCAAAAAUGGGGAUGAACCAUUGGUUAAUGAAGUUGCUGGAAUAGAUAUAAAUGAUAAAACUGAAAAGUGUUCUACCGAUCAAGCAUCAAGUGGCAAUUUUCGUGAAAGUUUUAAGGCAUUUUCCAAAUUUGGUGAUCCAAAAUCGGAUGGACGUCAUAUAACAUUAUCUCAAAGUGAUAAAUGGAUGAAACAAGCUAAAGUUAUUGAUAAAAAAAUUACAACAACUGAUACAGGCAUUCACUUUAAAAAAUUGAAACAAAUGAAAUUAUCCUAUGACGAUUAUAACAAAUUUUUGGAAGAUUUGGCCAAUACUAAAAAAACUAAUUUGGCUGAAAUUCGAAAUAAAAUGGCAAAUUGUGGAGCUCCUGGUAUUUUGCAAGUUUCUUCUGGAAGUAAAGCUGCCGCUACGGUUUCUAGGUUAACAGACACUUCACGAUAUACCGGUUCUCAUAAAGAACGUUUUGAUGAUUCUGGAAAAGGCAAAGGUAUAGCAGGAAGAAAAGACGUAGUUGAUGAUUCCGGUUAUGUGGCUGGUUAUCAACAUAAAGAUACUUAUGAUAAAUCACAUUAAUUGUUAAAAAAAAAAGAAAUUUGUAAUCAUUUACACGAGUCAUAGUUUGUAAAAUCCAUUUUCAGUACCUUCUUAAGAUAAAAUAAAAUUAUUAAUGUAAUAAAUGUGUAAUUAUAUAACGUGAAUACACAUUUAUAUGUACACAUAUUUUACUGCUACUAAUUAUUUGUGGUAUUUAUAUAGUAAUAAUUAUAUUAUGUAUUUAUUUUGUUGUCAUUUAUUGCGUUAAUUAUAAAAUCUGUUAUUAUCACAUAUUUG